AUGGGUGGCCCCGCUGACCCCCCUGUCCUGUCCCUGUCCCCAGACUGCAGCUUCACCUGCCACUACCGGUGCCGGGCUCUGGUGCGGCUGGACUGCAGUGGCCCCCCAGAUGACGGCGACGAGGACGAUGGCACCGAGCAGGCACUGGAGAAGGACACCAAUGUGGAUGAGCCCAGCGAGUGGGAGAAGGCAGAGCUGGACCAGGCGCAGGUGGAGCAGCGGAUUAAGGAGUACAACAGCCAGAUCAACAGCAACCUCUUCAUGAGCCUGAACAAGGAUGGCUCCUACACCGGCUUCAUCAAGGUGCAGCUGAAACUGGUGCGCCCCGUCUCGGUGCCGGCCACCAAGCGGGUCCCCUCCCUGCAUGCGGGGCGGCCAGGACCACGCGCCCAGGGGGUGAAGCGCCGCACAUCCUUCUACCUGCCCAAGGGGACCGUCAAGCACCUGCACAUCCUCUCACACACCCGCGCCAGCGAGGUCAUCGACGCCCUCCUGCGCAAGUUCACCGUCGUCGACAACCCCCGCAAGUUCGCUCUCUUCGAGAGGUCUGAGAAGGAUGAGCAAGUGUACCUGCGGAAGCUGGCCGACGAGGAGCAGCCCCUGCGGCUGGGGCUGGCGGGCGCGCCCCACCGGGACGGGCUCUUACCUCCCCACCUCCCCUCUGCUCUCGGCAGCUCCAUGUAUUACGAUGAGGAUGGGGAUCUCGCUCACGAGUUCUACGAGGAGACAAUCGUUACCAAGAAUGGGAGGAAGCGCGCCAAGCUGAAGAGGAUCCACAAGAACCUGAUACCUCAGGGCAUAGUGAAACUAGAGCACCCUCGCAUUCACGUGGAUUUCCCGGUGAUCAUCUGCGAGGUGUGA